GAUAGAGAAACGAUGAUGUUUCAUUGGGCCCAAAAUGCAUUUUGCUUAUCCAAAACCUAAACUCAUCGUCCCUCCUCUUCGAGUUCGAGUUCUCGAAGCUCAGAGUUGGCACCUAUGGCUUCACUCGGUCAUAUUUGCUCCCCAGCUACGGCAUGUUUUCCCGUAGAACGACAACUCCCUUUCACACCUCUUUCAUUCCCCAACAACAUUCAAUUCUACCAUACCCAUUUCUCUGUUUCUUGCUUGCCUUGUACAUUUUUUCUCACCCAUACUGCCAACUCUCUUAAACUUCCAGUUACGACCAAAAGAGUUGUCAAUAACAAUUUCGCUCGCCAUUUCUCUUCCACUGCCCAAGAGCAAGCUCUUGAGUCUACUCCGGUGAGUGGUUCCGGUAAAAGCGAAGAACUUGAGUCGGACACUGAGGAAGUUUAUAAAGACAGAUUGCGUGUCGAUAACGUGCCUUGGGAUUACACUCCUGAAGAUAUUCUUGCUCUUUUCAAGAAGUACGGGACUGUUGUAGACGUUGAGAUUUCUAGGCAUAACAAGACCAAAAACAGUGGCCGGGCACUUGUUACAAUGGCUUCAGCAGAGGAAGCUCUUGCGGCUCUCAAUAAUCUGCAAUCGUAUGAAGUGGAGGGUGGAUUUUUAAAACUUGAUUAUUGCAGACGAAGUAAGUAUAAAGUUGGCACUUCUAAGCAACCUACGCUAGAAGUGACAUACGAUUUGUUUGUUGCGAAUUUGUCAUUUGAAGCCACAGAUAAAGAUCUCAGAGAGUUCUUUACCUCUGAGGGUCAUAGUGUAGUUUCUACAGAAGUUGUAUUCAAUGAAAAUCCAAGAAGGUCCUUAGGAUAUGGAUUUGUGUCGUUCAAAUCCAAGAAUGAAGCUGACGAAGCUCUAAGUUCUGUUGAAGGAAAGGAGUUUAUGGGAAGACCGAUUCGAGGGAAACGCAGGAAACCAUUUGUCAGAGUCAGAGAACCAGCCACAGAGAGUGCAGAGUCUGAAAAUACUUGCCGGAGUUGAAUUCUGGUGUAGACGAAGCAGAAAUAGCUGAUAAGUAUACAUGUGCGAUUUUGGUAUAUAGUGACAUCAGGUAAUCUCUUGUUGGUGUUAGCUUAUAUAUAUCUUUUGUUAAUUCUGAAACCUUACCUCACUUACUAAAUUGAUCUUAAGAGAAAGAUUUGUAAUCUUUUUUCCCAUAGAGAAAUGCCAUUCAAUUGCUAUCAGCUAUAGAGACCUCUUUCCAAUAUGAAAUCAGGAAAUAAAGCUUGAGUGAACAUUCCAUACUCCAUUCCAAAUUCCAACGAGGUCAAUGAUUUUUCCCAUAGAAAUUUUUGUGAAAAGAAAAGUAAUCUUCAAAUGAAGGAAAGAAAGAUGAAGUCAACUUGGCUGGUGGCUUUAUUUGAUACAUUUAAUUUUUUGGCACCAUUAUUCUCCUUUUAUGGCAUGUAAGAACUUGAUAAUCAUUUAAUUAACAAAACAAAAAUAUCAGCAAUGGCAAAAAGAUGGUAAAAGUUUAUUAGUUUGA